ACGGUCAAGUGUAAUUUCAAUCAAUUCUUAGCCAGUGGAUAUUUUCAUCUUUAAUAUAUAAUAAUAUUAUCUAAAUAAUAUCGUAAUCAUGAUAAUCAUCUUUGAGUAAGUAUUAAUUGAAAGGAAUAAGCUGAAAGGCUUAAAGUGAACAAGGAAAAAAAAAUCCUCCUCCAUUGGGCCUACAUUUUGAUCACCAUAAAGAGUAAAUUAUAUUCUCGUGGUUAACUUGAUUACUGUGAUUAUUAUGAUUAUUGUGUUAUCAUUUUUAUCUUCUUCUCAUCUCAAGGCCAAAAGAUACAAGAAUUACAAGUAUCACAAGUAUUAAGGAGAAAGAUGAUCAAAGAGACAUGAUUGUUAUUUACCUAAACAUUUGAAGGAUGGAAUAUGUGUUAUCAUCACCAUCACCAUACGAAGGAAUAUAAUAGGAAAUGUGUCAGGAAAUCAAAAAAAAAGGAGAAAGUGACUCAAACUAAAGAGGAAAAGAUGAUGAAGACGAAGAAAAAUUAAGUUAAAUCUAACUAUCACAAUUUGAGUCGAUGCAACUUCGGAACCCAUGAACAAAAUAAUGGAAAUUCAGUUGAACUUCAACAUGAUAUUUAUAUAUUUAUACAGCGAAGUACAGUUCGUAGCUGCUAAAUCUACAAGAGAAACAACAAAAACAACAAUAAUAUAAAAUUAAUCAACAACAACAUUAUCAUCAUCAUCAUCAUCAAUGGGAUAUUGUGAUAAUUAUACUUACCUUUUACCAGCGGAAUAUAUUGAAAAUUUGUUCCCUUCCAACUAUAGUAAUCAAACUGUUGACAGCGAUUUUGAACAUUCACAAUUAGCAACUUUGUACAUUUACUUUUGUCCAAUUUUAAUUGUUGCCUGUUUCUCAUCAAUCCUACUCAAUGGUGUCCUGAUUAAGGUUCGUGGAAGUCGCUACAUCAAUGGGUCACCCAUUUUGACUUUAUCACUAAAUUUAGCGGCGACCGAUGCAAUCGCCUCCUUUAUAACGGUACUGGUCAUCAUUUUUUCCUCUUAUCUUCCGGUUGUCCAGGGAAUCCAAUUAAACCGAUGUAUUCUGUUGACCAUUGAAGUUAUCAGAUUAACCUCAUUAUUUGCCUCGGUUCUUCAUCUAUUAGCAUUAACAUGGCUCCACUAUCAAGGAACAGUUAAUCCAAUUCAUCACAGGUUAACCAGCUUAUAUCAAAGAUCAGAAAACAUUAAAUAUGUCACAUUAACUUGUUGGUUGAUUCCCUUCAUCAUUUUCAUCUUCAUAUUUUCAUCAACAUCAUGUCAAGGUUACCGAUCACAGGAUUGCGAUUUCACCUUCCUAUUGGGUUGGCAUUUUCGUUCAACAAUCCUGCUACUUUUUGGAACUCCCUGGUUGCUCAUGAUAGUUGCCUAUCUUCAUAUAUUCUGGACUCUUGAAAUGGCUCAGAAAUUAACCUGUUCCCUUAAUAAUAAUAACAGUAAACAGAUAAAUAACAAUAGUAAUAACUUAAAUGUUAAUAACAGCAACAACAACAAUACCCUUGUUAAUAAUAAUCCCAUUAAUAUAACUAACAAUACUAAUUUAACUCGUCGGAUUGAUAAAUCAUACCGAAAAGCCAUAACAACCUCACUAAUCAUUAUAAUUACUUAUUUAAUUGGUUGGAUGCCAGCAAUCAUUUGGUAUGCAAUUUCUUGUAUUGAUGGUUGUCCAUAUCCACUUUACAGUCAAACCUCAUCCACUCGUGCCUACCUUGGUUUCAUUACAACCGGAUCAGUUGUAGCCAAGCCAAUUGUUGACCCAUUAAUUUAUUCUUACCGUUAUCGUGAGGUGAGAAUGGCCAUUCAAGAGCUUUUCUGUCCAAAUUAUCGUUUCUCUCAUAAUAUUAACAAUUCCAAUAUAACGGAUAACAACAAUACCCUUAACUCAUUUACUCACCGAUUCCAAAGGAAUACAGAUGAAACCGAAAUGGUUACGACAACAUCAUGACUAGUAAGAAGUAAAAUUGACCAACUACCAGCAGAAUUGAACAGAAUUGACCAUUUGUAACGGACUCAGGACCAUUUGACUCUCUUGUACUAAGAUAUCAAAUUUUACGUUUUAAUUAUUAAUCUUUUAUUCCAAUGGAAGAAAAAAAAAUGUAAUUAUUAAUCAACUACGCACAAUAUCAUUAAAUCGUUAAUCCAAUUGAUCAAACCCUUACUAACGGAUAAUUAACUCUUGACCUUACAUGGAUAUGCUAUCUCAUUGUAUUAAUAUUAAUACACGAGAAAAAAAAAUCUUGUAUGCAAAUUUGUCACAAUAACAUUAAUAUGGAUGAAAAUGAACAAUCAAGAGUCAUUAUCGUUAUUAAUAUUAUUGAUUAGCUAUUAUUCAAUUGGCUUGGAAUCCUGAUUAAUAGUGAUAAUGAUAAUUAAAGUAACAAUUACAAUAUAAAGAAAAGGAUGAAGAUGAAGAUUCAAAGGGAAUUACAAUUCAUUAUAAUAGACAAUCAAUAAACUAAUAUUUUCAUCUUUUA